AUGAAUUGCUUAAGUGCCCGUAAUGGGGGAACUGAAGUGAAUAUUGAAGAACCAAGUGCUCCCCCUUAUUAUCCUGUGCAGCCACCGUACAAUCCCGAAUUUGUCUAUGAACAUUUUGAAGAUUCAAGAAGCCUUCAAACGUGGGGUGUAUAUCAAAUAGAAUCACAUACAAUAAGCGCUUACGAAGACAUUAGUAAAUGCGAUGACAGAAAGCGUCGCUCUCUAUACGUUCAGAGUCAACUGUUUACCGAGUGCUUGUCGCGCAGUGUCGUUUUAAGGAGCCUCAUGUCUGAUCGCGAGUUUCUCACAGAACCUUUUGAGGGGGAGGAGGAGCAUGCGGCAGUGGGUUUUGUACACCCUGCCGUGCGCUCCUACAUGUACUCUCCAAUGGGCGGCGACUCGGAUAGCCCUGAUGAGGCAACAGUGAAAUGCAGAACUUGGACGGAUGGUACGCUGGCGCCACCUCAGGCAGACUCUUCCGAUACUGAUUCCAGCACCACAAGCGAUGAAGAUUCGGAGGAGCGCGAGUAUGAAACAGGCGGUGGCGAUGCUGAUUAUCGCACCCUCACACCGAAUAAACGUCUAGACAAUUCAACUCGCUGCGAUAAUGAUUUCAAGUGGAUGCCUAACGGCGAUAUAAUGGAAGAAGAAACUGAGGCUGCUUCAUUGGGGACGCGCCCAGAUGAAUACAAUUCAACCAGCUUAGAUAGGAGACGCCGUAUACCGGGAGAUCGUAACGAACGUGAUAGAAAAUCUAGGUCGUCGCUAACAGCAAAGCCCCCCACAUCACCCGUCUAG